UUGUCUUGAGAAAGCACUCCUGCAUGCCAUAAAAAGGAUUUACGAAAUUUUUCAGCUCCUAUUUCAUCCACUUAAUCUAACAUAUUGGUGAAGUUUGAAGUUUUAGGAAUAGAUAACCCAGUGAGUGUACUGUACAAAGUUUAAGUAUACAUCAUCUAUCUACAUCUCCCAUGUAAACCCAAAGUAUAAUAAAGCAUCUCUCUCUCUCUCUCGUUAACAAAUCCAAUAAAACACGCACACCUGCUCAGAUUCUUCCCCUCCUCUCUCACUCACCGCAGGGGAGAGUGAGAGAGAUGACCUUGUCAAGACGUACAAUUCUUAGAGGCAACUAGGACAUUAUCCUUCACUUUCUGAGAGACCCAAGUUGGGUUUGAAACUAUUUUAAAACUAGUUGCUUCUGACUACAGCUGCUUGAAACCGGUGGCAAAUGGCCCCAAACGUAUAAUAUUUUACACACCAGUCACCUUGGGAUUCAACAAAACCACAAAAAAAAACAAAUUCAAGUCAAGAAAACCAGCACAAUCACGAUUUAAACUUUUAAACCCUCUCUCUCUCUCUCUCUCUAACGUAGAAGCAACUCACCAUCACCAGAGACCCAUUGCUCUCCCUCCAGAUCACUAGAACCUCCCAAAAUGCUAAAUCAAACCACCAUAUCGAAACCCACAUACAGCAGGCUCCGAAAAUGCCUAUUAAGCCCCCUAUUUCUUCUUCCCCUCAUCAUCAUCACCAUUUCAUCGAUCAUCACAACGAUCUCAGCCCCUAACAUCCUCUGCAACUCCAAUGGCCAAAACACUCAACUCCCCAAACACAUAUUCAUUCAGAUUGGCAGCAUACAAGCCCAGCUCGGCACCAUCCUACAUGAUCUUCACACACAACCCCAAAACAACCAGACCCGAAAAUAUGCAGACUCUGUUCUAAGUAUUGCCCUCUCUAUAGACAAGCUCGCCCAUGAGCUCUCCAAAGUGCAUAACAUAGAGACAGAAGAGAUCAAUGCCGCUAACAAAAAGAGAGAAGUGAUAAAGAUCAACACAGUUAACGUCAAAAGAGGAGAGAAUGACACGGCUAAUGCAGGGAGAGGAGGAACCAAUGUAGGCAACGUAGAGAGAGAACAGGUUGAUGUAAGUAAUGAGGAGAGAGAAGAUGGGUCAUGUACUGACAGGCUCUUCAUUUCAAAAGAACUCGAAUAUUAUACAGUCCCAAAGACAAACAAAAAUGGCAGGAAAAACUUCCUGGGUCUAGAGGCUAUUUACCCUUCUGUUGGGUUGGCUUGUAAAGCUUUAUCAGUAGAGGUGGACACAUACAUGGCUUACAAGCCCUAUGAGCAAUGCCCAGAUGAUUGGAUCACUAUCCAGAAGCUAAUGGUUAUGGGUUGUGACCCCCCACCCAGAAGAAGGUGUUUUUCAAGGUACCCCAAAAAUUUUACAAGCCCAAUUUCCCUCUCUUCAUCUCUAUGGAGCCUGCCUAGUGAUAACCAAGUCCUAUGGACCCACUACAAGUGCAAAAGGUUCUCUUGCCUUCUCUCUAAAAAUGUAGAUAGAGGUUUUUUCAAGUGCUCAGACUGCUUCAACUUAACUAAGCAAGCCUGGUUAUACCCAACAAAUGCAUCAGAAUCAGCAGAGUUCACUAUUCAAGAGGUGUUAAAAUUGAAGCCUGAUGAGAUAAGAAUUGGGCUGGAUUUCAGCCCUACAACUGGUACUUUUGCUGCAAUGAUGAGAGAGAAAGGGGUCACAGUGGCCUCUGCAACCUUAAAUUUAGGGGCCCCCUUCAGUGAGGUGAUUGCCCUAAGGGGACUCCUGCCCCUUUACCUCUCGAUAGGUUCAAGGCUUCCUUUUUUUGACAACACACUGGACAUUGUGCAUUCUACACUAUUCUUAGAUGGGUGGAUAGACCUAGAGUUUCUAGAAUAUAUUCUAUUUGAUUGGGAUCGAGUGCUUAGGCCUGGUGGCAUUUUGUGGAUUGAUCGAUUCUUUUGCGCUAAAGAAGAGAUGGAGAAGUACCUGGCAGUGCUUAUGAAACUUCAGUAUCGAAAGCAUCUUUGGAGGCUGGUGCCCAAGGUAGACAGGGAAGGGGGCGAGCUCUUCUUCUCUGCAGUUAUGGAAAAGCCCUCUAGAGCUUAGAGUUGCCUCUGUAUAUCACC